CCACCACAUGGAUGAGCCAUCAAGUGAUGGCGACCGGCAUAAGGGCCCUGGAAAGCGUGUUUCAGGGGCCGUGGAGCAGCAAGCCUCAGGCGUUCUUCUAGCUUCCACGGCCCCUUGUGGUGCAUGCAAGUUCUUGAGAAGAAAAUGCAUCAAUGGGUGCGUUUUCGCUCCCUACUUUGGCUCCGACCAAGGCGCGGCUCGGUUUGCAGCCGUGCACAAGGUGUUUGGAGCCAGCAAUGUGUCUAAGCUAUUGUUGCACAUUCCGGCUAACCGGCGGCAAGACGCGGUGGUCACUAUUACUUAUGAAGCUCAAGCUAGGCUCUCGGAUCCUGUUUAUGGUUGUGUCUCAACCAUUCUUGCUUUGCAACAACAGGUGGCAUCCUUACAAUCAGAGCUAGCAAUAGUGCAGACACAGAUAAUGAACAGCAGAUAUGCAAUGGCAAAUGCCUAUCACAAUAUUUCACAACAACAAGAACAACACAUUGCAAUUCUACAGCCAAGUUACUCAAACAAUUCAUCUAUUUCAAACAACAAUAUUAACCUCGUCAACAAUUUCAAUAACUCCACUACUAAUAUUUUUGAUCAUCAUCAUCAACUGCAUGGAUCAGUUACCUGUACUGCUAAUAACUCUCCAAGUUGUGACCCAAUUCAUCAACUCCAUGAUGAGGAAGAGGAGGAAGAAGAAAGCCAUAAUCCACUUGCUUUUACUAAUCACAUGUUUCAUUCCCUAUGAAGUAAUAUCACACUACACCUUUAAUUUUACGA